AUGAACGAAACUAACAGUAUACUUAAGAAUGAGUUGUAUGGGAAUAAUCAAAAAAGUAUCAUUGGAGUAGGCCCUAUUUCUACGCUUUCUUCAGGAUCAGCAGUGAAUCUAAUGGAUAAUACUACUGAUUCUGGUUCAAAGAUAUCUGCUGAAUAUAUAAAGAAUGUGACUAGUGGAAAGGUUAGUUGUCUUAGUGGUAAUACAACCUUUUCUCAUGCAUGGUAUCCAGAAUUUGUAAAGAUUUUAUAUGAUGUUAGCAGAUCAAAUCUUUCUAUACAGGAUAAGCGAGUCCGAAUUUUACUACUUAUUUUUCAGUGGGUUCGGAAACAACAGUGUGAGCUGGUAGAUCCUGAGUUAUUAUUUGAUAAAAAUGAUGUUGAUACAAUUUAUAAUCAAAUUUUAGCCUACCAACAUUUGCUAGUAAAGCAAACUCCUUUACCAAAUGAAAUAGCACAAAAGUGGUUUAAUACUAUAUCUGGCAAUUCUAAGCCCGAACAUUUAAAUAGAUCGAGAUAUGAUGGGAGCUUAGAUAGUAUUGGUAACUUAAGUUCUACAGAUAAUUGUACAAUUCAGGGCAACUUUGUCCCUGAUUGGGAUUUCAUUAAUCUUGUAAUAAAAGAACAGCAGGAUUUUCAGUACAGAGCUCCAACAUCUAGACAAGGGGGUUCAAUACCACGGAGAAAUCCCAAUCAAUGGAUUGAGUACAACAGAAAGGUAGAACAUAAUAGAUUUACUCUGUUAACAAGUGAGAGGGGAAUUAAGAAGGAGUUGCAGAAUAAAAGAAGUGAGGAUAGUGUUGAGAGUGUUUCUGCUUCAUACAAUUAUAAAAUAGCAAGGUUAAUGAAUUUCCAGCAUUAUAUACGAAAUCAAGUUUUGGUAUCUAGAUAUCUUGAGGAGAUGACACCACCACUACCUCAACUUAGACAUGUAACAGCAAGGGAUGCUAGAAAGAACAAGGCAUUAUAUCAAGCAAGAAUGGAUGGUUUAAAGUAUAUGAAGGUUUUAGAUGAGAAGCGAAGGCAAAGACGCCAGUUCAUAACAGAUAUACUUAAACAUGCCAAGAGAUUUGUGGAGUUUCAUAGAGAGAAUCAGAGGAAUAUUCGUCGUUUAUGCUCUCAUAUAGUAAGACAUUCAUCUAGUAAAGAGAAGCGUGAUAAUAAUAUGGAGCAACAGAUGCAAAGAGCUCGUUUGAAUGCUCUAAGAGCACAGGAUGAGGAGGCAUAUUUAAGACUUCUCCAUGAAGCUAAGAAUGAACGUCUAUUGGAAUUAGUACAUCAAACUGAAGAUUAUAUGAAUAAGUUAGGAGCUCUAGUUAUUGCUCAUAGACAACAAACUGGUGUUGGAACUUCCACAAUGGAUGAUGAAUAUUAUAAUGGUCUGGAGCAAAAUGAUGGUUCUCAUUUAAAUAAUGGUAGUAGAUGGUUAUGCUGUUGUUCUACUGAGAGAAAUAGUAGUAUCAAUUCUGGAAUAUUUGAUAGUAAAGGAAGUGUUGAAGGUAUGGCCAAUAUUAAUAUUUCAUCUAAUCAACCUGAGCAGAAUACCCAGGAAAUAACUAGUACUAAUAUUCACAAUCAAUGUAGAUGUAGUUGCUCAUCUAUAGAAUGUAUAUGUUCUAAGUUUGGAGGAUGUAAUUGUGGAUCAGAGUCUUGCUGUUCAAUCCAGAAUUUAGAUCAUAAAGCUCCUUUGAUUAGGGCAAAGGAGAGGUACUUCCAAAUAACUCAUAUGGUACAAGAACGUAUUACCCAGCAGCCUCGAUGUUUAAAGGGAGGUCAGCUUAGGGAAUAUCAAAUGAAAGGUUUAGAAUGGUUAGUUUCACUUUAUAAUAAUAACUUAAAUGGUAUUCUGGCAGAUGCAAUGGGAUUGGGAAAGACAGUCCAAACUGUAAGUGUACUGGCUCAUAUAUAUGAGACUAAAGGGAACCGUGGGCCUCAUUUAAUUAUAGCACCAUUAUCAACUUUACAUGGAAAUUGGGAAAAUGAAUUUAAUUGUUGGUUACCAGACUUUGUAAAGGUUAUAUAUGAAGGAAAUAAGGAAGUAAGGAAACAACUCCGUUCGAAAUAUAUGACUGGUGAGGCGAAGUUUCAUGUUUUAUUAACGACAGAUGCUUUUAUAAUGAAAGACAAACAUUACCUUCGUCGUUUUGACUGGGAAUAUAUUAUUGUAGAUGAGGCCCAUAGACUGAAAAAUCCGAAGAGUAAGCUAGUGCAAAUUCUGAAUAGUGGGUUUCGUGCAAAACAUAGACUAGCAUUAACUGGAACUCCAUUACAGAAUGACUUACAAGAAGUUUGGGCAUUAUUAAAUUAUUUAAUGCCUAAUAUAUUCAACUCUUCAGAUACAUUUCAACAAUGGUUUAAUGAACCUUUGUCAACUAUAAAAUCAUCUGGACGUUCAAGUUCAAAUUCGGAUUCAGGAAUGAUUCCACUAGAUAUAAGUGAAGAAGAGCAACUUCUAAUUGUAGACAGACUUCAUAAAGUACUUAGACCAUUUUUACUAAGACGUGAAAAGAUACAGGUUGCUAACGAAGUCCCUCCAAAGUUAGAGGAGAUUUUAUGGUGUCCAUUAAGUGGAUUGCAACAAUAUUUGUAUAAGGAACUAGAAAAUAAUGAGAAUUCAGGUCCUAAUGUUCUUAUGCAAUUACGCAAAGUCUGUAAUCAUCCAUUUUUAUUUUCAACAGAAAUGCAAUUACCAUCUGAUGAGAGCAUAAUUCGUGUAUGUGGAAAAUUUGUGAUGCUUGAUAGUAUACUCCCGAAAUUACGUGCUGCCGGUCAUAGGGUACUCAUAUUUAGCCAAAUGACUCGUUUACUCUCUUUAUUAGAAAUAUUCUUAUCACUUAGAAAUAUGACAUAUUUGCGCCUAGAUGGUACUACAUUAUCUGAAGAUAGGCAGAAUAGUUUACAGCUAUUUAACGCUACUAAUAGUCCCUACUUUGUUUUUUUAUUAUCUACAAAGGCUGGUGGUUUUGGUAUAAAUCUCCAAUCUGCUGAUACAGUAAUUCUCUUUGAUUCGGACUGGAACCCUCAGAAUGAUGAACAAGCUCAAAGUAGAGCACAUCGUAUUGGACAAACUAAGGAAGUACUAACUCUACGUUUUGUUACUCCUGACACAGUAGAAGAAAGAAUUAUGAAAACUGCUGGUAUAAAACUAGAUAAAGAUGCUCUGAUUAUAAAGUCAGGUAUGUAUCAUGAUCUUUAUGCUGGGGAUGAUCUUGAACAGAAAAGAAAGGAGAAGAUACAAGAGAUUUUACGAAAACAAAGGCAGAAGGAAGUUGCAAACUGUUAUUAUGAUUCAGAUCGCUUAAAUCGUAUUUUAGCUAGAUCUGAUCAAGAUCUUGAAAUUUUUGAGAGAGUUGAUAGGUUAAGGAAGAUGUGCCAUAUACCAGGGUUAAUAGUAGAUAACUCACUGCCUCCUUGCUUAUUUGAUUGGAAGAGGCAGGCUAGAAUGGCGAGAUCUGAUGUUGAGGAUCAACAAAGAGCAGAGGAAAUGUGGAAGAUCGUAUAUACUAUAGGUGAUCCAUGGGUUGUCCAUCCAAGUAAGAAAGGUAGGUAUACGAAGAUGAUUACUGAUAUAUAUAUGGGACCUCAAAAAUUAGAAGAUGAAAUGCAAGAGGAGGUAAAUAAUGAGCAGGGUAGUAAACAUUGUGCAGGUGAAGAUAAUUCAAAGGAAUAUGUCGGCCGAAGGCGUGCUAGAAGAAUUUUUGCAACUGAACAAUCAUCACGUGAAAGUAAGAGGACCAAGUACGAUUUUGGUAGAAUUGAGUUAGAUACUGAUAAACUUACCCUUUCUAGCAUUGAAUGUGAUGAAGUUCUAUCUGAUGAUGAGAUAGAAUAUCGUCGUAAUGCUCUAAAUAAUGCAAUUUUGGCUGCUUGCGACUAUGUAGUAACUAUCCCUGAAUUUGAACUUUUUAUUUCCUUACCAAAUCCUCAAGUAUUUGCAGACUAUUAUCAAAUAAUUGGAAAACCUGUAUGCUUGACUCAUAUUAAACAAUUUGCAUUAAGGAAAGAAUUUACUUCUGUUCAUAAACUAGAGAAAUAUUUGGAACGAUUAGCUUCUAAUGCUAAAGCUUACAAUGGUACUACUCAUGUAUUAUAUCACUCAGCUCUACACUUGACUAGUAUUAUGAUGUCCGAAGUACGCAAACGAGUAUCUGUGGCAUUUUAUACAUAUAAAUUACCAGCAGGUCAGGCUAGAGACAAUGAAGCAAAACAUCUGUUAGAGGGACUAAAUGCUGUUGGUGAUGCAGAUUUAACUAGAAGACAUAUGCUAGUUCCAGAUGUAGGCGAUGAUGACGGUGAUGACGAUGAUGAUGAUGAUGAUGAUGACGAUGAUGAUGAUGAUGAUGAUGAUGAUGAUGAUGAUGAUGAUGAUGAUGAUGAUGAUGAUAUGAUUGGCAAGUGA